CCCUAACCUAGGUGUCGCAUUAGGUACCAUCAAUUACUUGUUGCACAGAUAUGCAAUGGCUAACUCUUCUCAGCCUGCGUUCUUGCCAUCCUCCUUGCUUAACUAUAUUUCUUUCAGCGGCCUUGCGUCACUAGGAGUAAGCUUCGUGCUGUAUCAGGUAUAACCUACAGCGCUAACUGUUAUGGCGUUCCGGGCUGCGCGGUACAAAACACCACUUAAUGCGUUAUGACACCCGCGCUACCCUAGAUAAUCGUAUAUUCCUUUAUAUUCUAUACUAUCAUGUUGCCCUACACACCACCUUGCCGCAACAUGCUGACCGGGCCACCUGCCACACCCAUCGGGACCGUACCAUCCGCCCUCGGCUGCACCCCUAGUCGAUGCACGCUGGUCACCUUACACCCACCAUUAUCACUCAAAUCAACCUGCCUAGCGCCUCCUUCCGCUCCCUUUCCUUUCCGCGCUGCCGUACUACUGGCCUCCUGCCUCCUUCCCACUCCCCUCAGCUCGCGCGCCGUGAGGAUGGCUCCAUUCGGGAGCUCAGCCGGGUACAUGACCUGGACAGCCUGGCCGGCGCUGCCGCACUAGAGCCGCUGCUGCCGCUGCUGGUGGCGGCGCGGGGCCGGCUUACCUCCCCGCAACCCUCCCAAUGCGAGCUGGGCGGGGGCGCAGCGGUCAUGCGGGAGCUGGUGGAGGAGGAGGUGUACUUCAAGGAGCACAGCGGCAGCGGGCGGGUUACGCAGGAGAGCUUCGAGGUCCGCCGCGAGGUGGAGCAGCGGGAGGCGCUGCUGGAGGACGCCAGCGGCUGCGGCCUGCGUGUUGAGGACCUGCCGCGGGCCGGCGGGCUGGCCGAGGUGCUGGAGGUGCGGCAGGUGUUCCGGCCCGUGGACCUGCUGCAGGGCACCCUCAUACAACACGUCCUCAACAAGGCAUUUUUAUCGCCCCGCCGCCCACCCACCUGCCCCGCAGCAAGAGCAUGGUGAAGCACGGCGUGCGCUCCACCGAGCGUUACCUGCCCACCCACACCACCGUCACCGUGGUGGGGGAGCUGCUGCCGGACAGGGUGGGACCGCUGUCGCCGCCGCAGCCGCAGCAUCAACUGCAGCAGGUGGGACUGCAGCAGCAGACCUCCAACCCCUCCUCCGCAGCCCUCCUCCCGCAGCAGCCCCAAGCAGACUCACUGGGAGCUGGAAGCAGCCCGCUACAUGCCGCCGGCAACCCGGGGUCAACCCCAGGGCUCAGCAGCAACGCGGCAGGCGGGGAUGCGUCUCAGCCACCAAACCUCUCCUCGCUGCAACCCCUAACAUCAACGCUCCAUUCGUCAUCACCAUUACCAUCAGCAGCCACGGCAGCUCCGCAGCCGGACCAACAUCAGCAUGGGGAUCAUCAGGCGAC